UGCGGUGAAACAGAGAGAGAGAGAGAGAGAGAGAGAGCCUGGAGCUGGGUAUAAAGCCAGGAGGACACCUCAGAGAGAGAGUACUACUACCAGAGAUAUAAACCAGAUAUAUACAGUAUAUAGUGCAUUUCUCUCCACAGCUCCAGCUCCCCUCCCUGCUGCUGCAGGCUGCUGCCUCUUUUACGCACACAUCGCCUGGAUUUCAUCAUCCGACCUGCAAGAUGGGAAAUGAAGCCAGUUUCCCCAUGGAGAUGUGCACACAUUUCGAUGCUGAUGAGAUUAAGAGGCUAGGGAAGAGGUUUAAGAAACUCGACCUAGAUAACUCCGGCUCACUCAGCGUGGAGGAGUUCAUGUCGCUGCCGGAGCUGCAACAGAACCCGCUGGUGCAGAGGGUUAUCGACAUAUUCGACACGGACGGUAACGGAGAGGUGGACUUUAAAGAGUUCAUCGAGGGAGUCUCACAGUUCAGCGUCAAGGGGGACAAAGAACAGAAGCUGCGGUUCGCCUUCAGGAUCUACGACAUGGACAAGGACGGCUACAUCUCCAACGGCGAGCUCUUCCAGGUGCUGAAGAUGAUGGUGGGCAGCAACCUGAAGGACACACAGCUCCAGCAGAUCGUCGACAAAACCAUCAUCAACGCAGACAGGGACGGAGACGGCAGGAUAUCCUUCGAAGAGUUCUGUGCAGUGGUCGGGGGUCUCGAUAUACACAAAAAGAUGGUGGUGGACGUGUGAGCGCUCCUCCGCAUGCCGACUUCCCCCCCUCCCGUUUCCUCCUCGACACUCGCUUUCUCCACCAUCUCUGAAGAUCUGUUCAAGACGUCCGGCAAAGCGCUCUCUGUGUAUCUCAAUGGAAGUAUUCUCUCUCUUCUUUCUUUCUCUCUCUCUCGCGCUCUUCGCUCUCUCUGUGAAGCCACCUUUUCUUUCAGAAACCACGGGCCUCGUGAAGCCAACUUUGAAGUGUUAUUGAACUGUAAAUCCUCUCAAUAACCCGGUCGUAGCACUUUUAAGAGACUGAAGGACAUCAUGUCAUUCGCAAAGAGCAACAACUCCAACACUUUUGGAUGAGGGGGGAGAAAGUGGGUCAAAGGGGGCGCAGUCAAGAGGCUGGUUGGCUUGUUCAUAUUUCAUCCUUUUUUCUUUUUUUUUUUUUUAAUUGUUAUUUUUGAUAUUUAUUUUUUGUUCUUGUCUUUUAUAAAGAAGAAAAAAAUACAAGUAUAUCUUUGGUUGUAUAGCAUAUUAACACUUGACUUACAGUACAACUAGAACGUAGGGUAUGAAGUGCCAACCAGAACAUAUCCAGUCCAAGUUAUUACCCAUCAUCAUCACCGCUGUCAUUCACGCCGGACACACCGGCUUGUGACGCUUCCAACUGUACGACCUUCGAGUCAUAUUACAUGCAAAACUAAAUUUCAGACUUUUUGUCCGUUGUUUUUUAGCUUAUUACAUACGAGGUGUUUGGAUUAGACCAGUAAAGCUUCCAGACACACGUUUUUAUUUGAUUUUUGAUGCUAGUUUUAUUCAUGCUUAAGAAUGUGUUUAUAAUGUCUGGGAUAUCCUUGUUUCCUGUCAUGAAAUCAUUUAGGUAGAUAAAUAAUUAAUGCCAAGAAAAUGUCUUUCCAAAAAAAAAACUGAUUUGUGGCUGCAAACUGAUAACAUGGUUUACUCUGACGUUUACCAGUGUGCAUCCACGAGACAAUCUCCAAAGCGCUCAAACUGACAAAUGAACUGUAGUGAAAUCAUUUUUAUUUUAACGUUAAGAAGAGAGGACUUGGCUAAGAACUGAGAGGGAGUAAUGGUGAGAUUAAACACCGUUUUGUGCGAGUACAUAGAGACUUAUCUGCAGGCAGCGUUCUUUUUUUAACCAAUAUGUGUAUAUUAGGUAAAAGGAGACGGCUUUUACGUGAGCUCUUCUGAAUACUUAACUUUCUCGGUACAGCGCAGGACAGGUCAGGAUUCCUUUAACGCAACACUUAAAAAUCUUAACACGUUGGCAUGAUCAGUGUGCAAUGUACGGAAGAGGAUUAUUGUGAAAAAUAUAAAUUUAAACUCAGAAUUACAGAUACAUUUUCCACCUAAUCCUCUUCCGUAGCAACGGGAUAGACUGUAUAUUGUUUUUUUUUGGGGGGGGGGACGUGUACAUUUUAAAAGUUGGCUUCCUCUCCCACUUCUUUUUUCUGUCAGUCACCUAAUUUUCUCCCCUCCCAUCCACUAAUACCGACAGGGAGGAAAAAAACAACCAAAUUUCUAAGGGAAAAAUGCUUCCUGCUAUAAAUCAGGAUUGCUUUUAUUUUUGCUUUGGAGGCCGACUGCAGGUUCUGACAGGAGUUUUCAGUCAGAUGUGAAUCAGGAGCGCUCCCUUAUCCCAAAGCUCCGCACGGCUCAGGCCUCCCUGUGCUUGCAUGACAUGAAAAUAUAUAUUUUUUUGUUGUGCAUGUAGAUCAAUUUUAAAUAACCCUCUUGUUUACACAUGGAUGGUGAUGUUAAUAUAUUUAAGAAUUUAACGGUAUACAAUAUGGGUGUUGCCAAACUUUGGUAAAUGUACACAUAUAAUGAGAGGUAAUCCAAAUGAACUACAUGUAACUUUUUUUGUAUUUUACCCGGGUCAGCCAGAUGCUUCUAUUCCAGUAAAAGUUGCAUAUCUGAUCCUGUCUCAAACUGCCACACACUGUACUCAGCUUAAAAGGGGAAAUUUUGAUGUUUUUUUUCUUUCUUUUGUAUAUAAGUAUUUGUAAAAUGCAGUUCUGGCUCUCUGUAUAGUUCAGACCGCGCUCUAGUUUGUAAGUGCUAUUUUUUUUUUUCUCAGAGGGACUUGGGUUCUUUUUAGUUUGUGUGGGGAUAUCUGAAAAGAUUUAAGUUUGAGAACCUUUUUUUUUUUUUUCUGCAUGCUGCAUCUUAUGCUGUGGGACUGUUCAAACUUGAUACUGUAUGAAAAUUAAAUAAAAUUUAAAUAAACUUUGAAAUGUUAUAAGUAA